AUUACUUUAAGAGUAAAAUAAUAAAAGCAAGGUACAAUAACACAGCAAUGGCAGAUUUCUCGCAGAUGAUAGUAGACGCAAACCAGAACCAACCUAUACCCUUGUCCAUUACCUCACCAUUUUCUAAGCAACCCUGGGUUUUUCUUCUCCUUUAAUAUUCUUUACUCUCUAUAUUCAUAAACAAUCUGUUUCUAUCGCUUUAGCUUCAAGAGUACUUGAACCACGAGUUGAGGCUUUUUUAAUUUUUUUUUUUUCUAUUGAAAGUUGAAAGCUCACUCGCUUUCUUCUUCUUCACAACAACAACCAAACCAAUUCCGUAUAAAACUAAGCAAGAAAUCGCCUUUUCAAUGGCGUCUCUGACCCCAAUUUCCCAAUCCCACUCCCUUCUUAAAAACCCGAACCUUACAACGCCUCAAUCUCCCAAUUUCUGUUCCAGUUUUAUCCCCAAGGAUCUCCCCUAUUCUAAAGCUCAGUCUUUCAAACUUCCCGGGAUGGCCAGUAGGAACGUUGUCGUAUCGGCCACGACGGCGGAGAAGCCCAGGAAGAGGUACCCUGGAGAGGCUAAAGGGUUUGUGGAGGAGAUGAGGUUCGUGGCUAUGAAAUUGCAUACAAGAGAGCAGGCAAAGGAAGGAGAAAAGGAAGUGAAAGAGCCGGAAGAACGGGCCGUGGGGAAAUGGGAGCCCAGGGUUGAUGGGUACUUGAAGUUCCUUGUGGAUAGCAAGUUGGUUUAUGAUACGCUUGAAGGGAUUAUUGAUAAGGCUGCUUUUCCUAGCUAUGCUGAAUUCAGGAACACUGGAUUGGAAAGGUCUGAAAAAUUGGCGAAGGAUUUACAGUGGUUCAAAGAGCAAGGUUAUGCCAUUCCAGAACCAUCUUCCCCUGGUGUUACCUAUGCUGUGUAUCUUAAAGAAUUAUCCGAGAAGGAUCCUCAAGCAUUCAUAUGCCAUUUCUACAACAUUUAUUUUGCCCACUCUGCUGGUGGUCGGAUGAUCGGGAAGAAGCUGAGAAAAUACUUAACAACAAGGAGUUGGAAUUUUAUAAAUGGGAUGGUGACCUUUCCCAACUGCUACAAAAUGUCAGGGAUAAGCUGAAUAAAGUUGCUGAGAGCUGGACUAGAGAUGAGAAGAACCAUUGUUUGGAAGAGACUGAGAAAUCGUUCAAGUAUUCUGGGGAGAUCCUUCGACUAAUAUUGUCAUAGUGUGUAUAACUGCUUUGUUGUUUUGGUCUUGUGUAAGUAAUGGCACAAGCCAAAAUAUGUCUGUUACUCUGGAUUAAACCCUUUUUUUUAACUAUUUCCUUCAAAAACGAAAUUACUUUCACUUUCAUAUCACAAUUUGAAUAAAUUUAGAAGUAUGAAAGUUGGCUAAAAUCAUCUGA